AUGGACAGCUUCAGCAUUGAUGAGCUCACGAGAGAAAGUGGACCAGGGGAAAUCCCCAGAGCACUUAUCGAGCCCUAUACAUACAUAUCUAAUAUUCCUGGAAAUAACCAGAACAUGAGGUACCGGUUCUUGGUGGCCUUCAACGAGAUGUUCUUCAAGAACGACAAAAAAAAGAUCCUUAGUGAGAUCGGUACCAUUAUUUCGAUAUUUCAUGAUCUGUCCUUGUUGAUCGAUGACAUUGAGGACUCCUCAGAUACACGAAGGGGGCAGGAAUGUGCUCAUAUCAAGUACGGGACUCCCUUGACCAUCAACUGUGGCAACUUGAUGUACUUUGAAGCGCUUCACAGGGCCACCAACGUGCUUCCCAACCUCGAAGAGCAUGGCUCACGAGAUUUGAGCGAGAUUCUGACCAAAACAAACAAGAUCCUUGUGGACGAGAUGUUGAACCUCCAUCAUGGCCAGGGCCUCGAUAUCUACUGGAGAGAUGUACGUUUGAGGGAGUGGAAUUUGGGCAAGUGUGAACUUCCGUCGGUAGAAGAGUACUUACGGAUGGUUAUGAACAAAACGGGCGGGUUGUUCCGGCUCGCCGUUAAACUCUUAGCGCUAUUCACUGACAACUUCUCCGACGCGGAGACGGACAAAUUGGUGCCGUUCUCAAAUCUACUAGGCAUAAUAUACCAAAUCCGAGAUGACUACAUGAACUUGGUCGACGAUCGGUACCUGGAGAUGAAAGGUGUGAGAGGAGAGGAUUUAGCAGAAGGAAAACUCUCGCUUCCCAUACUAUUUGCGUUGCAAACAGCACCAUGCAAUUCUCCUCUUCAUACAGCUCUCUUUGACUACGGUCUGGCAAAGGAGAGGUUGGAGAACAGCGACAAGGUUGUUCAGGCCCUCGACUAUAUGAGGAAUGAAACCGAGGCAUUGAUGCUCACAUAUAAGCUUUUAAAGGAAUAUGUGGCGAAGGCAUUAGCAUACUUGAAAGAGGCAGGUGCGCCGUCAGACGCGCUUUUGGUUGGUGUGAUCACGCACUUGGGCGAUGUGGUUAAGCCGAGUAUGUAG